AUGAGUUCCAGACCUAAGGAUUGGCCCUCAGAAGGUACCCACAGGAGAGACAGCCCCUGUAAGGGACUGCUGAUCACAGCCUCCAUCCUCAGCUGCUGGAGCCAGCCGACAUCUGUUCUAGGGUCUUCCAUCAUGGCAAGCCCACCCUAUGGGACAGUGGGCAGCAAUGUCACCUUGAUCAUCCAGGGCUCCCUGGAGUCCCCUUUAAAGUAUAUCUGGUACAGGAAGUCAACAGAAUCCUCCAACAAGAUCGCUAGCUACCUAGUUUCUAAAGGAGAACAGACACCAGCAAGGAACCGGGAGAAGGUGUUCCACAAUGGCUCUCUGCUCAUCCCCAACCUCACCUUCAAUGACAAUGACGACUACAUCGUCCAGAUUGUUGACUUGGAAUUGGAAGUAACAACGGUGAUGACACACCUACAGGUGUAUGGUCUACGUUCCAGAGUGAUCACAGCUGGCAUUUUGAUUGGAGUUGUGGCUAAGGUGGCUUUGAUUGGGUCCCUCAUCUAUGUCCUGUGCGCCAAAAAGACUGGAGGGGCCUCUCAUGGUAGCCAGGGAGAUACAAAGCAAGAAAGGAAAACUCAUCUGGCCCAGAAAGAAAGUGAGAACUCCACUCCAUUCAUGAAUAAAUGGUUUCAAGUCCCACUUCGGUUUGCACAGGGCCAGGGUUCCUCCUCUCUCUCCUCUGCUGCCCCAUCUGAGAACAUCUACCAGACUCUGGAAGUCACAGAAGAAAACGUUUAUGAAAAGAUCACACCCAGGAAGAAACCUCAAGACCAUAAAAAAGGAAAGUUCGUCCAGUCCUAG